UUGAACUGUCAUCUGAAAAUUACCAAAAACGAAAGUAUUUUCUGCUCUGAAAAAACUUUGCAUUUAUUUUUUAAUAAUAAUCCAACAAAUAAUUCCAAUUAAAAUCUGUAAUUAUGGCUGCUGCUGCCGUUCGUACCAAUUGGACACCUGAUAAAAAACACAGUGACAUGGAAAGGUGGGUUUGUGUAUAUCCAGCCUACAUUAACAGCAAAAAGUCACGUCAGGAAGGCCGUCGUCUGCCCAAGGAACAAUGCAUUGAAAAUCCAACCUACCUUGAGAUCCGCGACGUACUUUCGGUGACAAAUUUGCGAGUUGCCGUGGAAAACAAGGAGUAUUGCCGUGAAAAGAGCAGGGAACCACAAUUUCGUGGCCGCAUUCGCGUCCAAAUGCGAAACAACGAUGGAACUGCAUGCAAUCCUGAAUUGGCAUCCAGGGAUAACAUUUUGCAAUUCAUCGUCACCAAGAUUCCCCAAUUGAAGUCAAGACAAAACAAAUCAUCGGAUUCGUUUCAAUCUUCGUCGGCUCCAGCCGCAGCCCAGGCUCAUCACUCUGGCGGCGGUGGUGGUGGUGGUCACAAGAAGGGCAAAGGCAAAAGACGAUAGAUUUUUACAAAAGAGCAAUCAUUUUUUUUAUUAUUUGAAUAAAAUAAAUAUUACAAUAAAUAACGGAUUUCUAGAACACAAAAAAGA